UAACUAGUAAAAAUGCUAGGACUUGAUGGGUCCUAGUAUAACAUGAUUUCCUGUAUGCUGUUUGAAAAAAGUCGCUGUGCAUGGCUUUAUCAUCUCAUUUUCAUUUCAUUUGAUUGAUUUUACAUCCAUACGGUAGGAGUAUUUCAAAAUACAUUAAAGAAGGUCACAUUGAGCCUCGAUUUAACUUUCGUCUUUUUGUUAAGGGUUGUUAACAAAGCGUGGUACAUCUGUAAGUAGUCAACUGUACCGUACGUGCACGUGUUUAUGAGUACUAGUGGCCAACGAGAGGUGAUAUCAUGUAUUUUACACAGUUGUGUUUUAUCCUGUCUGUCAGCACAGUUGUGAAAUCGGCAUUUGAACGUAAAAACGAAUGUUUACCUGGAAAUAAUCAUAAAAGGACCCCUGGGCCCGAGGAGGGGACGUUCGGGGCAUGCCAUGAGUACAAGAAUAACUCGUGCUGUACAGCGGCGUUUACGCAAACACUCUCUGCCUCGCCCAUUGUCAAGGUGGAAGACACGUACUGGAAUAGGUGUGGGAAUUUAAGCCGCAGUUGUGAGCAAUACAAGCUGUCAGUUGAAUGUUUUUACCGGUGCUCCCCUAAUGCCAUCUACUGGAAGAACCCAGACCACCCCUCUGCAGCGUUGCACGUGCCUGUGUGUGCCGAAGACUGCGAUGCAUGGUUUGAAGCAUGCAAGGAUGACAUGACCUGUGCAACCAACUGGCUAACCGACUGGAACUUCACUAAACCAGGAGAAAACCACUGUAAAAUGCCAUGCAAAUCAUUUACAGAGAUUUACAAGGAUGGCAAAGGUUUGUGCGAGAAAAUGUGGGGCUCAACAUUCCUCUAUGAAGGAAACGCUGAUAAAUGUAUAAAACUCCAGUGGAGCGCAGGAGACAACCCAAAUAAUGCAGCAGUGGAGAAAAUAUUCGCUUCGACCUCUGGAGGAUGGAGCACUGUCAUGAAAACUGCUUUUGCUGAUUUGAUUCUCAUUAGCUGCGCGGUUGCAAUUUCGUCCUUUUUUUAAUUUUACUGAGAGUUCAUUUGUUUAUUACUACGACCUCUUGAGGAUGGAGCACUGUCAUGAAAACUGCUUUUGCUGAUUUGAUUCUCAUUAGCUGCGCGGUUGCAAUUUCGUCCUUUUUUAAAUUUUUCUAAGAGAUCAUUUGUUUAGGAUAUACUUAUUCCUCAGGAAGUAGUCCAUGUAACAGCCGAUGUUUGGUUUUCACCUAAAACGAACAAUUAACCGACAGCCCAAUUAACCGUAGUGCAUAUUUGACAAAAUUGAUUUGUUGGCGCACUUACUCUUUGUAGUAUUAUAUGAUUUGCUUACUUUUCGAUUGUGUUUUUUUUUUAAAUUCCUUUAAAAGGCAUUAUAUUAUCAUUAUCUGCUUUGAAUUGUCAUUGAAGAAGGAGAUUGUUUCGAAUUGGACCUUUAAGCACGCCAAAUGUUCUUAGUAGAUAGGUUAUAUAACUUGCAAAUUUUGCAUAAAUCGCAGCUGCUUGAAUCUCAUUAUUACUUGUUUUAACGUUAAAAUGCAGCAUAGGCGGUAAUGCGUACUUAUCGUUAUGAGACAGAAUAUAUUUAAUUCCAUUUGAACUGUUAUAGCACAUGACGAUUUCACUUUUGGUAGCUUGUUGUGCUCGAAAUAUUAAAACCUUUUACAA